AUGACACGCCCCGCGUCCACAACUGCCCCGAUAGGUGAUAAUGACAUUUCACCGUCGCGGCGGGCUCGGUUCAGCGAUCGUCUGAAUGGAGUUUUCAGCGGCGCGGACCCCCGAGUCUGCGUCGCUUUCUGGCUGUUUGGCCUUAUCAACAAUGUCCUCUACGUUGUCCUCCUCUCCGCGGCCCUGGACCUUGUCGGACCAGAUAUCCCCAAAGGCAUCGUUCUCCUCGCAGAUAUCAUCCCAUCAUUCGGGACCAAGCUCAUCGCCCCAUACUUUAUCCAUGUGGUUCCUUAUUCGGUGCGGGUCAUCGCGUUCGUGUUUCUGUCGAUAGUUGGCAUGGUCGUCGUGGCUCUGAGCCCGCCCUAUACCGAUGGAGGGACUAUUGCGUCUAAGAUUGUGGGAAUUGUUCUAGCGAGUUUCUCUGCUGGAGCUGGCGAGCUGAGCUUCGUUGGUCUGACGCAUUUCUAUGGACCCUUUAGCUUGGCGGCCUGGGGUAGCGGGACUGGCGCUGCUGGCUUGGUUGGGGCUGGUGCUUAUUCUCUAGCUACCUCUGCAAUGGGAAUACCUGUCAAGGCCACUCUUUUAGCGUCGGCGCUGUUGCCGUUUGUCAUGGCCGCGAGCUUCUUCCUUGUUUUACCGCGGGAUGCGUUGAAGCCGGUUAACUCGGCGACGGGAGUAUACUAUGCUGUUGAGCGCGGGGAGCAUCCGAGUGAUGAAGAGGGAGAUGAGGAUAAUCAUAACCUGCAAACGGGAGACGAAGAGGAGAGACUGUUGGGUGUCUCUGCUCCCACUGCUGAAUCCCAUAAAGCCGUUCAUGUCAGCGAGUCGGCAGCCAAGUGGGCACACUUCCGUGCUAACCUCCACCGUCUUCGGAAGCUAUUCUUCCCAUACAUGCUUCCUUUGCUUAUGGUAUUCAUCGCCGAAUACGUGAUCAACCAGGGCGUGGCCCCUACUCUACUUUUCCCGUUACCCGCCACACCCUUCGAGAACUUCCGCGCUUUCUACCCAGCAUACAAUGCAAUUUACCAAGCCGGAGUCUUCGUCUCGCGCUCCUCAACUCCAUUCUUCCGCAUCCACAACCUCUACCUACCCUCCAUCUUACAACUUUUAAACUUGGCACUUCUAACAUGCCAUUCCUUGUUUAAUUUCAUUCCUAGCAUCUGGCUUGUGUUCCUGAUCAUCUUCUGGGAAGGUUUGUUGGGGGGUCUGGUAUAUGUCAAUACGUUCGCAGAAAUUAGCGAUCGCGUGCCCGAAGAAGACCGCGAAUUCUCGCUUGGGGCUACGACUGUUAGCGACUCGGCUGGUAUUUGCAUUGCUGGAUUUUUGAGUAUGCCGUGGGAACUUCUGCUGUGCAGGUUUCAGCAGAUUCAUGGGCGAGAGUACUGCCGGCAGAUCUAA